AUGGCGGGCUUAGGAUCGGGAUACGAUCUUUCUGUCUCAACUUUCUCUCCCGAUGGCCGCGUCUUUCAGGUUGAGUACGCUGCCAAGGCAGUCGACAGCGCGGCUCUCUGUGUCGCCGCCGCCUGCAAGGGCGGCGUAGCCUUUGCAGUGGAGAAGCCAAAAGUAUCUGCCAUGCUUGCACAGGGGUCCAACAGGAGAAUCUUCCCAGUCACGAAAGACAUCGGAAUGGUAGUGGCGGGUUUGGUGCCUGAUGGCCGCCAGUUGUGGCACAGAGCCCGCGCUGAGGCGAGGGCAUAUUUGAAGGGUUAUGGCGUUUCUAUCCCUAUUGGGGUCUUAGCUGAGCGACUUGCUCUCUUUAUGCAUGCAUACUCGCUGUAUUGGCACGUCAGGCCUUUCGGGGCGACAUGCAUCUUAGGAGGGCUGCAGGCGGACCCCGUUACAGGCUUCAAGGAACUCAAGGGGGAGGUUUACUCCAUCGACCCUAGCGGUUGCUGUUCCCGCUACUGGGGCACUGCGGCCGGGCAGAAUAGACCAUCAGCAAAGACAGAGUUAGAGAAGCUGCCGCUAUCUGAGCUGGACCCUGAGGGUUUAGGGGAUGAGCUGGCACGCGUAUUGCUAGUGCUGAGGGAGGAAGGGCAGUCAGAGGGAAAGACUGAGAUAGAAAUAGGGUCUCUUAGCAUACAGGGUGGUCAAGCGGUCUUUGGGCUGUGGGACAGCGAGAGAGUGGCUGCUGCUGUUACAAAGGCCAAGCAAGCUAUCGAGGCUAUGGAAAGCGACUAG